UACACUACGGGUCUGUCGUGUCCCUGUAAGAUGUGGAAAGUAUUUGUUGUUUCUUAGCCGUAAGCGAACUUUCUUUGGCACUUGAACAUUAAUUAUUUCUUAUCGCUAGUCGGUCUAGACUGUACUGUGUUCGUGUGUGACUUGUGCCUUUACUAUAUCAUUGAUAACUAUCUCAGAUAGAUCUGAGUGUUGGGAGGAAGAUGACUGUAUUUAUCCGUGAUAGUGUUAUGAUUUCCGUAUAAGUGUUUGUUAUUCACAAUGACUACAUCUACAAGAUCAUCUGGUGUAACUUUGAAGCCGAUAGAAGUGCCUAAACCUUUACAAGAAGGGGAGAAAUUCAUCAAGUGGGAUGAGGAUUCAGGCACUGGUCUUCCAGUCACCCUGCGGGUGGAUCCCAAUGGCUUCUUCCUGUACUGGACUGAUCAGAACAUGGAGGUGGAAAUGCUGGACAUUGCCACCAUAAGGGAUGUCAGAACAGGACAAUAUGCUAAACUGCCUAAGGACCCAAAGAUUCGGCACGUGGUGCUGAUCGGCUCCCAGGACUCUCUGGAGGACAAGACGGUGACGGUCUGCCACGGGUGCGACUUCGUGAACGUCACCUUUGUCAACUUCUGCUGUACGAGGAAGGAGAUUGCUCAGAUGUGGACGGAAGAGCUGUUCAGCCUGGCGUAUAAUCUGAACCAGUACAACAAUUCCACGAUGAAGUUCUUGGAGAAGCUGCACACGAAGAUCACGCUGAAGGCGGACAAGUCUGGCAAGAUACUGGUCAAGAAUAUCGUUCGGCUCUUCGCGCAGAGCAAAGAAGACAAAAAGAGGAUAGAGAAGGCGCUCAGUGAGUCUGGUCUACCAACCGGUAAGAACGACACCAUCUGCCAGUCCAAGUUCCAGUUUGAAGACUUCUUCGGCUUCUACAAGAGCCUCACGCAGAGGACCGAGGUGUUGAAUAUUUUUAAUGGACUCACAAACGGCAAACCCUACCUCUCCGCGACGCAACUGGUGGAGUUCCUUAACGUGGUCCAACGGGACCCCCGUCUCAAUGAGAUAUUACAUCCGUACGCGGACCUGCAGCGGGCGAACGAUCUCAUACGGAUAUACGAGCACAAUAAGUACCAUCAGCAACGGUCGCAGCUCACGUUUGACGGGUUUUUGAGAUUCCUCAUGUCCGAAGACAAUCCAAUAGUAGCUCCCAACAAACUCGACCUCUGCGACGAUAUGGACCAGCCCCUCGCGCAUUACUUCAUCAAUAGUUCCCAUAACACCUACCUCACUGGGCACCAGUUCACGGGCAAAUCCAGCGUGGAGAUGUACCGGCAGUGCUUGCUCGCUGGAUGUAGGUGCGUAGAACUAGACUUUUGGAACGGGCGUACAGACGAGCCAGUCAUAGUCCACGGCUACACUAUAGUACCGCAAAUCAACGCUAGAGAAGUGCUCAAAGCGAUAGCCGAGAGCGCCUUCAAGACCUCCGACUAUCCCGUGAUACUGAGCUUUGAGAACCACUGCAAUCCACGACAGCAAGCCAAGAUAGCCAACUAUUGUAGGGAGAUAUUUGGGGAUAUGUUGUUGGAUAAACCGUUGGAUACACAUCAGUUGGAACCGGGGGGAGAAUUACCACCGCCUUCGCUGCUGAAAAACAAGAUAAUAAUAAAGAACAAGAAGAAACAUCAUCAUCAUCAUCAUCACAAGAAAGAGGAGGUUCUCGUCGAGGAGAGUGAGCAACGGGAGAUAGUGCCGCAAGGGAAUGGGGAGAUUGCUCAUGGAUCGCUGGUCCGGCAAGGCUCGAAGGAUUCCUCCUCAUCCUCAGAGACGGACAGCUCCAGCGAGGAGGAGUGCGCGGGCGCGGGCGAGGCGGGCGGCGCCGCGGAGGAGGCGCGCGAGAGCCACGCCGCUGCAGAGAUAUCUGCGCUCGUCAACUAUGUGCAGCCCGUGCACUUUAGCUCGUUCGAGAGCGCUGAGAAAAAGAAUCGUUUCUACGAAAUGUCGUCGUUCGAUGAAAAACAAGCGACAGCGCUGCUUAAAGAGCGUCCCAUAGAGUUCGUGAACUACAACAAGCAUCAACUGUCGAGAGUAUAUCCUGCCGGAACGAGAUUCGAUUCUUCUAACUUUAUGCCACAGGUGUUCUGGAACGCAGGCUGUCAGCUAGUAGCUCUCAACUAUCAAACCUUAGACCUCGCGAUGCAACUCAACUCUGGCACCUUCGAAUAUAACAGGAGAUGCGGAUAUCUAUUGAAACCGGAAUUUAUGAGGCGGAAAGAUAGACGACUCGACCCGUUCGCAGAGAGCACAGUAGAUGGCAUAAUUGCUGGCUCCUUAUCAGUUAGCGUAGUGUCCGGACAGCUGCUAACGGACAAGCGCUGCGGGACAUACGUGGAAGUGGACAUGUUCGGUUUACCGGCGGACACUGUGCGCAAGAAGUUCCGGACUAGAGUGGUGCCGGCCAACGGCAUCAAUCCGGUUUAUGGGGACGAGCCGUUUGUGUUUAAGAAGGUGGUGCUGCCGGAGCUGGCCAUGCUGCGCAUCUCGGCGCACGAGGAGGGCGGGCGGCUGCUGGGCCACCGCGUGCUGCCCGUGCCCGGCCUGCGCCCCGGCCACCGCCACGUGCAGCUGCGCUCCGAGCUGGGCCAGCCGCUCGCCGCCGCGCUGCUGCUGCACGUGCAAGUCCAGGACUACGUGCCGGACCGUCUCUCGGAGCUGGCAGAAGCGCUGGCCAACCCGAUAAAGUACCAGAGCGACAUGGAGAAGCGCGCCCACCAGCUGGCCGUGCUCACCGACGACACGGAGGAGCCCGCCCCGGACCCGGCCGUGCCCGUGCCCAGGAGGAACGUCACUAGUGGGCCGCAGCCCCGACCAGAAAGUGCUCCAGAAGCAUCGACUGUGCCGAUCACGGAACCGCCGGCUAAUAAUAAUGAGGUUACACCCGCCAAAGAAGAAGAGAGCACGGUGAACGGCAACAGCAGAGAGCUCACAGUAGAAGAGCAUCUCAACGCGCUCCUUGAGAGUAAAGUGGUUAAGGAGAAACGGGCAGAGUUGGCGAGGAAAUUGGACGCCUUGAGACGGAAACAGACGAGAGGCAAGCCGGGACCCAAGUUCUUUGCGAAACGGAUAUCUAUCAGGAAUAUGUGGACGUCGCUAUACCGCAUAACGCUUCUAUUGCAACAAACAUCAGGCAGGAGCGAGCCCUGUGUGGGUUCCGAAGAGGCGAACUGCGCAAGCGCAGGCGCAGGGGAGAUGGUAGAGCGCGAGCUGCGGCUGCGCUACCACCACGCGAUAUUCGCCGCGCUGGAGAAGACGCUCCGCAGCCAACACCACCAGCAGAUGAAGGAGCUCACUGCAAGUUUAGAGAUGAAGAAAAAAGACGUGUUCAACCGUCUCGAGAUCUCACGGAAAGAGGAAGUCAAAGCGUUUGCGAAGACCAAUCGAGAUAAAGAUGAGAUACUGAGGCAGAAACGGAAAAUUAAUGAAGAGUCGGUGGGUCGCGGUGUGACGGAGUGCUCGCUGCUGGAGAAGGAACACAAAGCGCUGUGCGAGCAGCUCGUGCGCUCACACGAGCGGCUGCGGCUGGCGCUGCAGCGGCGCAGGGAUCAGGAGCUUCUAGAAGUGGCGCGGCUGUGCGGCGGAGCACCGGAAGGUUAAAGCUCCGCGGAACACUUCCUGUUUCUCUUCGGAGCCCCGCUCCCGGGCCCCAGGGGCCCCAAACGGGCAAAACGCCCGGGGCCCCGGUAUAGAAGCGCCUUGCUUCAUGGGGCUCCCUAUUAGCGAACGCCUCGGGGCCCCGAGUAACCUAUGUAAGCUAGUCAGCUUAAUUUCGCGGGGCCCCGGUGACUGCGAGUGUUGUUUUGUUUAGGAAUCUGUGAUAUUAACUCCUAAGUAGCGUUGCGUCUAUCACUACCGACGUUUAUGAGCGUGUUUAUCGUGUUUUGUUUACAGUGUAGUGUGUGGGGAUUGGUUGAGCAAUAUUAUGUGUUUAAAAGUAUGUUUGGAUGAUUGACGGUAUAUGGGAAAAUAUGUUUCAUUUCAUAUAGUCGGCACAAAAUAAAUGUAGUUUGAAAUCGAAUAGAAAUCGUAAUUACGUAUGCAGUGAGAACAUAUUUUCCGAUAUACACCUACUGAUUUGCUGUUACCUUACUACCUAGAGACCUAUUGAUUAAAAAAUACAUAAAAUACAUACUACUUCUUUUAAAACAUUUAAAUACACGAAUUUCCCAACCAGUGUACUGUUCACAAAGCAUUCGUCUCGUCUUACUAAUCCCGUACUAAUUUACGUUUUAUCGAUAGACUUAGAUACAUUAGCCGAGUCUAACGUAUACGUAACAUGUAGGUCUGAGCACAAGUAAUGAAGCACCUGUAUAUCAAUCAAUGUAUACAUGGUUGGGCUAUUGACAGAAUGUUGAAGUACCCCCAAAUUCUUAUAUAAUAUCUUAAAGCUCCUCUGGUUUCUUAAAAGUUUAUUUUGUCGGUAAAGGUUGUGUCAAUACUUACAUACGAUAGUUUUAAGUCUGGAUAGCAAACGUUAAAGAACGCUUAACUUAUUUAUAAAAUAUUUACCUGAUGUAGUCGAUCGUAAAGAUGCUCGAAACGCAGGUUCGGAUUCGGCAAUAUAAUCAUUUUUUUUUUAUUCUUCAAAAAUUUUCAACUUUUAGUCAAUGAAAUCGUUGCGACGAUUUCAUUGACUUUUUUGUGAUCUUUCUUAAGUUUACGGUUUUCUACUCAUCAGUUUAUAAUAAUAUAUUAGAGUAGAUGUAUUCAAAUUUUCUUCUAUUUACUAUUUCUGGCAUAAAUUGUAUAUCAAUGCCAUAUCCCAUGUUUUAGAGUUUUUAAUUAAUACACAAGUAUCCAACAUUUGGAAAUUUUGAUAUCUGUCAAUGUCAAAUUUAAUACAAAAAGGUUUUAUUGUUAUGCUUAUAAAAAUCUUAAAAUUCCAAUGAUUAAUGCGUUAAAAUAACGGUAAAUAUCGAUAAUUUUAAUAAUUAAUUUGGUCUGUACUAGUCAGUAUUUCUGCUUAAAAAGUAUCUACAUUUGAUUUAGUAUCUUGCCGUUUCUGAUUUAUAUUUUGCUUUGCUUCUUUCUGUGUUGCCCUACUAAGAAUUAACUUGCCUAUCCGAAUAUUAUUUUAUACUUAAUUAUUAACUGCGCUGUUAUAUCACAAAUAUAAUUUAAGUCGUACAUUUUAAAAGCACAAAAAGAUAAGUUUUUUUCGUAUAUUUUUGUAAUACUAUUUACGAUAAAAGUCACUAAACGCAUCAAAAUACCUAUACAUUUUGUUUGUAACACUAAAAAGAGACGUUAUAUUUUUCACAGUAUAUUAAUUUAUGAUUAUUUAUAUUGAGAAGUUUUAAAAUUAUACGCUUUUAUAACUGUCCUACAAGUUUUUAUUUUAUAAGUGUGUUAUACAUUUCUUGUGAGGAUUUUUUCACGUUUAAAUUAUCGCGUAAGUCCAGGAAAGCUCAAUUUUAUUUUAAAAAUGAAGAAUACCCACGAUUUAUAUUAGUUUAAAAUAAAAUAUUUUUAUUAAAAAUGGAGAACUAACUUUUCUUUGAAGUUGAAACUGUUUGAAGUUGAAACUGGUUUUAUACUAAUAACUAACACAAUUUAAUAAAUUAAGAUGUAUAAUUAUAAUUAAAAACAAUAUAUAAAAGCGAAUAAAAUUACUUCACAAAAAUUUAUCGUAGUCUAGAUGCUGCAAGUUUUUCACCUGUCCAGUUUAGUGUUUACACAGAUAAAUAUAUGUCUAAAAGUCAUUCGAAAAAUAUUCAAAAUAAGGUCCUAAGUAAGGUUCACUUAUAGGACCUUGUUUUGUAUAUUUUUCAUACAUAAAUAACAAUUCGUAACAAAUUUUUCUUCGAUGAAAUUCCUCCGAAAUAAUAAACGGUAUCUAGACUUCAAUAAAUUCAUUUUACGUAUUUAAUUGAGUGAUGUUUUGUGAACUAAAAAUUAAAUUGACUAACGAGUCAGUAACGAUAGGUUGUAGAUUAACAUUCCAAGAUUUGGUUAGUGUCUGUAAAUCUAGUCUGAGCUAAGAUCUAGAUCUGAUUAUAAAGAUAAUAGAAAAUAAAUAAAUAAAAAGAUUAUGGUUCAUAGGUAUGAUGUAUUCUAAAAGGUCCUAAUUUCCAAUUUGUUUCGCUAUUCUGUGCCGUAUGUCCUUUGUAAUAGAGUUAACUUUUCCUUGACCUAACAACAGUAUUACAAGAUUCAUUAAUUCGAAUUAUGUAAAUUCUCUAACAAGUAGCCGAAUAUUUUCUGUAUUAUGUAUAUUUUAGUCUAUGAAUGUUUGGAAAAUUUUACUUAAAAUAUUUCGAAAAAAUAAGUUCUACUUAAUUUACUUAAAUCAUCAGCUAGGGAGUCUUGCCAAAGACCUUAAAAAUAUUAACUUAUUCAAAAUUACCUUAAAUAAAAAAAAUAUUUAUUAGUCAUUCGAUAUCUUUAAUUGGCAAGGUAUACUUACAUAUAUAUUAUUUUCUUCAUUUUAUACGUAUUUAUUCCUUCAAAAGAAGACUAAGUCUUUCUAAAUAUAUUGUGUUAUAUAAUAUCCUUCUUUUAUAGACAUUUGAAUUACUAAAUCCUCCAUAUAUACAUUUCCUACUAAUUAACUUCAACAGUUAUAACAACUAUUAUCAUAUUAUAUUUUCAUAUAUUUUCUAUCAGUGACUUCUAUCUAUACCAUACAUGUAAAUAACGACACAAACUUCGCGUCUAACAUGUUGUUCGAACUGAUUACUAUGAACUAAUUUUCCUAAUGUAUUUUCUGAGACGUUCUUUAAUAAUUCAAGAUUAAAAACAGGGAAUCUUACUGUCUCCUAUGGAUAUCCUGUAGAGUAAGUAGAUGUGCGAAGUAGCCUUGUGUCAGCGUUUGGCCGCCUUUUUUAUAAUAUGUAGACACGUAGUUAAGUUGGUACGUAAUAAUGACGUAGGAUGUAUAUAUGUCACGGAAAGGUUUAAAUUUUUUAAGGUUUUGUUUGGUAAAAAUGCGUUAUUUUUGCGUAUUUUAUGGCGUUAUUAUAAUUGACAAUGUGGAAAUUGUAGUGAUAUAUACUCGGUUUAGCUCAGGCGAAGUGUUUUUCUCAGUAAAAAAGAUUAAAAACACACCCAUAAAAUAUGUCCUAGUCCUUUUUUUUCAAUUAGCAGUCAUAAGUAAUUUUCGGCGGCCAAAUUAGUAUGUUUUUACUUUUUAAUAUUUACUUGUCACAGUAACAUUAUCAAUAUUAAGUGUAUCCCGUAUACACAAUGUAAUCUUGCCUUGAAAUGAUAUUUGUCCCUAGGUAAGGUUUAUUCGUAGGUCGGUUUGCCCUUCGUAGAUAGGUCGUGGCCUAAAUCAUACUGUUUAAACAUUGUUAAGAGUAAGGUCCUUUAAAGUGUCUUUGAAAACUUUUAGAUUUAACCUGGAAUGUUAAAGUAAUAUAACAGAAGUAAGUCUUGAAUUAUCCGCAUUUUUCAUACUAAUCUAUUAAUAUUUGUUUCUAAAAUUCAUUGUCUGUGAUGAAGAUAUACUUAAUCGAUUUCGUAUAGAUCGAACUAAAUACCUAUUUACUUAACCGUUUAUUUGCAUGUUAGCUUUAAAGACGUUUUUAGCUGUUCUUUGAGAGUAUUUUAGCCUGUUAUUAAAGCCUCGAAGUCAUUUCGAGGGCUAUUUUCCGAUUCCAUUAUUCGAUUGCCUUUUAUUGUAUAUAUUAAUCUAUUGGACUAAAAUGUAUGAGUCUUAUGAAUCCUCAUUAGCCUUAACGCGUGAGUCGUACACGUUAUAAUAAAUAAACUAUAGGUUUUAGUGAUUGGUAGAUAUUUCACAUCUCGAUAACAUUUAUGCAUUUACUUUGUUAUAAAAUGCAAAUGAAGGUAGUGUUGUGGUUCGCGAUGGAACGGUAUCGAAGUCCCAUUGACAUUAAUAAUCGUAGGAAUUUAAAUUGUUGCUCGGCUUGUAAGUAUCGUUAUGGGUUGUGAAUAUGACAUAAUGCUGUGUUACGUUUGAGUUAUACCGUGAAAUGAGCCGUCUAGCGUUUAGGUAUUAAGUUAUGUGAAAUUUGGCACAUCUGUUUAAUGUCUAUACUGUGUAUAUUGAGUUGUUUAUUUUAUCUCUUAGUACGCUAUAAUAAGAAACCUAUAUAAUACUCGUACAAUAUUAUGCGGAAUAAAAUUUUGGUUGUAAAAGGCACAAAUUAUUUAAACAGAGUUAUGAAAUUUCCCUUUCGUUUAUAAAAUAUUUCAGAUAGUUGUAAAAUGGAUUGUUUUGAAAGUUGAUUGUAGUUUGAUUUUUUGUUGGAUAAUACUUAGAAAUAAUGCUGAUAUAAAGACAAAAAUAUGUUCUCCUAUAAAACAUACAUUAUAAAACCUUGUUUUUUUGGAGAGAGAGAAAGGGAUGCAGCAUAAGUUUCAUAUAGCUUUAUCCCUUUCUCUCAUUUUAGCAUUUUAUCCAGAUAUGCUUUUUAAUAUUUAAAAGUGCUGUCACGAUUAAUUUAAUUAUAAUUUAUUUUGAUUUGUAUUUUAUUGCUAUUAAGAAAUUGAAUUCAAGAGUUUAUUUUAAGCUUAUAUUAUAUUAUUUAUUUUUUAGUUUGUAAAAAAUUUUUUCGUUUUCAAAUUUUUAUGAUUUAUAUAAUUUAGGACUAGUGAAGUUAUAUUAUUAACACGAUGAUAUCAUUAUGUGUAUUCUGUUAUUUAAAAAAAAUGAAAACAGUGUGUUUAAUUUUAACGCAUAUCUAAUUAAUACGUAUUUGCACACGUAAUGAAAAAGUUUUUAUAUGUUAUACAUAAUAAUAAAUACACUAUUUUGAGAUGUAAUAUAAUGGGUUAUUUUUUUUUUGUGUGUUUGUAUAAUAUUAUAAUCAGUCACAAAUUUAGAAUAUUCGAACAUUGUUUGAAGCAACUAAUUUCUUGACGAUAGUAGACAAGAGUGAAUUUUGAAUAAUAGUGCCAUCCUUGUCUAAUAAUAUUGAGUAAUGAAAUGCGUGGUAUGUGCGAUAGAGAUAGAUAUAUAUCUGAAUUUAGCUACUGUGAUGAUGUCCUCACUCUUGUUUAAUGUGCCAUGUGAAUCGUCGAGUUUUUAGUAUUGACCAUUGAUUUACCAACCCAUGGACGAAGUAUUUUAUAGAAAAGAUACUGUUAAUAUAUAACUUGAAUAUUUUGAAUGGCCAUUGUAAUUUUAACAAAUGAAAUUGACGCUUUUUAACUGUUUCUAUAUGUCAUUGUAUGUCAUGUAAUUGGCAAGUGCCAUAGAUAAAAAAUUGAAACGUACGUUAAAUGUUACAUACAGAAACUAUUCAUGUUAUUUAUAUUUCUCUUAAUUUCUUUUAAAUUUCUCCUAUGAAGGUUAAAUUUUUAACAAUUUUUCCUAUUACCACAUCCAUUCUUGGUAAAUCAAUGAUAAUUAAUAGGUACCUAGUGUUUCGAAUAUCAGUACUUACGUGGAGUCUAGGCGGCUGUCGUUCACUGGAGUUCUAGUCAUGUGUGUGUACACUGUAUACAUGAGUCGUAAGCCUGUGUGUGGGUAGACAAUAUGUUAAUCAUUAUGGAUCUUACUAUGUAAUAGGUGAAACUUAUCUAUUAAAAUUGAUGUCUGUUC